AUGUGUCGUUCAGCACGGCUCAAUUCAGCUUCCUCUCAGCGUUCGACACCGGCAGUCAUGGCAAGCGCACCUGACGAAUUCGGGUUGAAAGGAGCCGUGCCCAAGGACCUCACAGACCGCUACGCCGACCGCUACCAUCCUUCACGUCACGACGGUCGCGACCGUGAAUACGGCAGACACCGAGAAGGUGAACGCGACCGUGAUAGGGACCGCGACCGCUACGACUCCCGGCGUCAUGAGAGGGACAGAGAUCGCGAACCGCGGGACAGGGACCGUGAACGCUUUGCAGGACGCGGUGGCAGAGGCGAAUUCGAAGAGCACCCUCGCAGGUCCCGACAUGACGAUGAUCGUCGGCGUGAACACAGAGGCCCACCACCACGGGACGACGAUAUGGGCAUGGGUGGGGGCGGACCACCACCUGGCGGAGGUUAUAGGGGUAGGCCUCCGCGGGACGACAUGGACGGUGGUGAAAGGAGGGGAAGGGGCAAAAACCGAGAUGGGCUAGGAACGCCCGAGCGAAGGUCUCCCACUCCCUCUGACGCGGUUCCGAUAUCACAGCGGAGGAGGAAGGCAAGUGGGUGGGAUGUCCACGCUCCCGGUUAUGAACAAUAUACUGCCAUGCAGGCCAAACAGACAGGCUUAUUCAACCUGCCGGGUGCAAACCGUACUCAGAUUCCACCGAUUUUAUCAAUUCCUGGUCUGCCUCCUCCUCUGCCUGUACAGAGCUUUGGUAUGGGCAUUGGUGGAAACCCCAAUUUGUCAAGACAGUCUCGUCGUCUCUAUAUUGGCAGCAUUACCCCGGACAUCAAUGAACAAAACCUGGCUGAUUUCUUCAAUAACAAGAUGAAGGAGAUGAAUAUCGGAACAGGAGCACCCGGCAACCCGGUUCUUGCGGUACAAUGCAAUUAUGAAAAAAAUUAUGCUUUUGUUGAGUUCCGCAGCGCAGAGGACGCCACUGCGGCAAUGGCAUUUGACGGUAUAAUAUUCAUCAAUGGUCCUUUGAAAAUCCGCCGACCCAAAGAUUAUGGCGGUCCCGACAUGAUGGCUCCAAGUAUGCAUGUUCCGGGUGUUGUGUCGACCAAUGUGCCCGAUUCUAUCAACAAAAUCUUCGUGGGCGGCUUGCCGACGUACCUCAAUGAGGAGCAAGUAAUGGAACUCCUGAAGAGUUUCGGAGAGCUGAAAGCGUUCAAUCUCGUGCGCGAGAACGGCAACGGGCCCUCUAAGGGAUUCGCAUUCUUCGAAUAUGUGGACCCGUCUGGCACCGAUGUUGCCAUUCAGUCACUGAGUGGAAUGGAGCUCGGAGACAAAUAUCUGGUGGUACAGCGCGCGUCGGUGGGGGCCAAGCCUGGGCAAUCUCCCAUACCCGGGAUGUACGAAGCCUUUGCCGAGAUACCACGCCCGAUCAUGCCUGCGGGCGACGUGGAGGGCACUAACGCAUGCAUUCUGCUCAUGCUUAACAUGAUCGUACCGGAAGACCUCGUAGAUGACCAGGAGUAUGCUGAUGUGUACGACGACAUCAUGGAGGAAUGCUCGAACUACGGUGCCGUUGAGGACCUUCGCAUUCCGCGCCCGAUGAAGCGUGACAAAGCGCGGUGGGGCGAAGGCGGGCCGGACAGCGCCCUCACAGCGCAGCGUGCGGACGAGGCAGCAGGAGUGGGCCGGGUGUAUGUCAAGUAUCACGACGCGUCGAGUGCUGGGAAGGCGCUGAAGGCAUUGGCGGGACGCAGCUUCGCAGGGAGAAGUAUCAUUGCCACACUGUUGAGCGAGGACAGCCAGUUAACCCCUCCCCUGAACCUGAUUUUCGCGCCACAGCCAGAUGCUCCCCCUCCCUUGCCCAAAGAUUAG